AUAAGACAACAAGAAAAGAAAAAGAAGUCUCAACCCUGUGUGCUUCUCAGUACGUGGUUCCUUUGGUAUCUGGCAGUUUUUACACUGCCCACCCUGGGGUGCCUGGUAUCUUGAGACCCCUCAUUCCCCAAGUGAAAACAGAAACUGCUUUGUACAGACUCCUUUGCUCCCUGUAGAAUCACCUUAGGCAAAUCACUUGACCAUCCUACACCUCAACUUCCUCACCUUUAAAGUGCAGUUAAGAACAGCUUCCCCUCCCACCUUCCCUGGCUGCUAUUCAGGUUCAAAAGAGGCAAAUCUGUGCAAAUGGGAACGUUAUCAACAGUCGAAGAACUUAGAGCUGGAACAGGCUGGGAAAGGUUGAUAGAUCUUGUGGGGGUAGGAUCCUAGCUACCUCUUCCCUGCAAGUGACUCAGUUUAGACCCCAAAUGUCAUGACUAAGGAUGGUUUUAAAUAUCCCAGGCUACUUAAAGAGCCAGUUCUCAAAGGCAUUUAAAGUGACACUAAUUUCGAUAUAGGAAAUAGCACCUAAGAGUGAUCGGAGACGGGAGAGUUUGGGGCCGGAGGGAGAGAUGGUGGUGCUUUUGAGCCUAGUCUCCACUUUCUCCUCCAUCUCCAAACUCCCCAGCCCUACCUCCAACUCCCGACUGGGACAACCCACUUGAAGAAGCCAGCAAAUGCAUCUCUUGUUUUUUACCAGAAGGGGUCACUGCAGAGCGAGCAGCGCACUCAGGCACUCAAACAAGCAGGCACGCAAAUAUCCAAAUGCACGCAUAUCCACAGGAAGAUACAUUUCUGGGCUAAUACCUGGAUACUCCAGAGUUCGCUCUGCCUGCCUCCUCCCCUGUUUCUCCUAUUCCCCUCCUGUUCCCUUUCAAAGAAUGUCUGAAGUUCACAUUGGUGCCCUAGUCCCCUGGAUCCCCAUCGUCCUCAUCAUCAGCAAGAAACAAGAGUUUAUUUCCGCUGGGGCUGAAAACCAGAGCCCUCAUAGGCCUUUAAGACUUGGCAAAGCCUCCUUCCAAGAAUGUGCAGUCUAGGGAGUGGGGGUAGCAACUCUGCUGAGAGUAAAGGACUCCAAGGGAAAGAUGGGCAGAGGGGUCCAGCAUUUCUUUUUCUUAAUGAAAACCCUGGGGCUGAAGGAAAGAAAGUCUCUGCAUCUAGGUUUUAUUAUGAUUCUGAACUUCCACCCUCUGGGAUUAGGGUCGGACUGCUAGAGGGUAGAAGAGGAGAGAAACUGAAAAGUAACCAUCCCCCUAUAAUCCUCAUAUUUCCCCCCUCAAACCCCUACCCCUAAGAGCUUUCUCUUUCACAACUGACUCCUCUCCCAAGAGAAGCUGUAUUAAGAAAAAGUGGCUGCAGCUGAGUUCCCUAGGAGUGGACGGCAUGGGGUGGGGGCGGGGGCACACUUUCCUUUGGAUGGGUUGACAGCGGGACGUUGGGCGGGCUGGCUGUGAGGCACAAAAGAGAUGUCCCUUAGAGCCGCGUGCACAGAUGCAAGGCUGCACCCCUCUGCGGGCGGGGCCGGCUCGGCAGAUGGCGAGAGGCCGAAUUGCUGACGGAUUGUCCAUCAAAUGGCACUUUUGGGUGGUGGGGAUCUCUCAGCACUCUGGCGCAAAGAGAAAUUCAGGAAACAAGCCCCCCCCCCCAUUUUACUGCUGUAUAGACAGUCCCUCCCAGAAGUGUGUGGCGGGGGGGCAGGUUGGCUUGGGCGGACAGAUUAAGUUUUUUUCUCUCUCCGUCUAUAGAAGAUCUAGGAGAUUUACGAACGGGGUGGGAAGGGAGAAGGCCGGGCCCAGAGGGCGCACAAGAAAGGGUAGGGGGAAGGCUCGCGGUGGUAGGGGAGGAGAGGGGGCUGGGAAGCAGGAUCUCACGGCUGGUUCAGUUCAGGGUUCCGGAUUGCUUUUCUCGGGGGUCAACGCUGCAACUCUGUAGCCGCGGGGCCCGGGUGACAGGCGCACGCCCCGCCCUUUCUCCUCCCAAGACCUGCGGGCUUUUGUUAUGCAGAUGGCGGCAGGAGGCAGAGUCGGAGGAGGAGGGAGUUGGUGAGGAGGAGGAGAGGCGGAGAGGCGGAGAGGAAAGUGCAGCUCGCGCGACCAGCCUCCUCUUCCAACGUCACAUUGUGAGAGAGACAAAACCCGGGCGCGCCGGAGCUCACACGCGCACGCACACACAGACGACCCCGUCGCCUCUUCUCUCCAGCGCUGCCGAGAAAGCCAGCCCUCCCUUCCCUUCCUGGGGUGCGGAGGCUCAGUAAGCUCAGAGUGCAGCCCAGAGCCAACCCAGAAGGCGAAGAGAACCGACGGACAAGCCUUCUUUCUCCCCCGCCUGCCCGAGCUGAGGCGCCCCCUCCCCCGCCCUGAACCCCGAUCUCUCUCACCCCACCCCUUUCGGUUUCACGCGGACAGAGACCGGAGCCCGGUGUGCCCCCGUUUGGAAUCCACGAUUCAGCACUUCGGACAGCGCCCCGGAGCCCCGGGCCCUUGGGGUUGGCUAUGGCGAGCGUUCAGCAAGGAGAGAAACAGCUUUUUGAGAAGUUCUGGCGAGGAACCUUUAAAGCCGUGGCCACCCCGCGUCCUGAGAGCAUCAUUGUUGCCAGUAUCACCGCCCGCAAGCCGCUGCCAAGGACAGAACCCCAGAGCAGCCCCAUGGCCCCAGCUCAGGAUGGACCCUCAGAAAAGCUGAGCCAGCAUUUGGCCACUGGAGUCUUGGGCACCAACAGCUGGGAGAGAGAGAAAGCCUGCCGGGAGCCCAGUCCCGCCAGAGCCCGCAGUGCUUCCCGCAGCAAAGACUUCACACCACCACCUUCCUCCCGGGGGAAGAAGAAAAAGAAGAAAGCUACCCGGAAGAAGAGAAGGAGGUCCCCAUCCUAUAGCCCAUCGCCCGUCAAGAAAAAGAAGAAGAAAAGUUCCAAGAAACAUAAGCGUCAUAGGUCAUUCUCCAAGAAGAGAAGGCACAGCUCCUCCAGCCCCAAAAGCAAAAGAAGGGAAGAGAAGAGGCACAAAAAACAAUCAAGAAGCCGGCCCCGAAAGUCUCACCGCCACCGCCACCACCACUGCCCCUCGAGGUCCCAGAGCUCUGAAUCCCGUUCCUCAAGCUGUGACAGCAGGCACCGCAGCCGGUCCCCCGAGGAAAGGCGGAAGUCCCACCGAAGGCACUCUCGUCGCUGCUCCAAGACCCUCUACAAGGCUAGCCCCGAGGCCCGGUCCAGCCCCCCGCCCAGCCAGCCCCUCCAGAUGCUCAGCUUCCUGUCGGCCAGGGGUGUAAUCACUGGGUCGGGGUCCGCUGCUGACCUCUUUACCAAAACAGCCAGCCCGCUCACCACCUCCAGAGGACGCUCCCAGGAGUAUGACUCAGGCAAUGACACCUCCUCACCACCCUCCACGCAGAUCAGCUCAGCCAGGUCACGGGGUCUGGAGAAGGGGAGCCCCACUGGGGGCCUGAGCAAGAGCCGGGACCCACACAGCGGCCACACCUCUGAUUCAGGGAACUCCUUCACCACCUCCUCACCCCAGAACAAAGGGGCCACUUCGGAGAAUCUCUCCCCGACCAGCAGGGGCAGAGAGUCAAGAGGAUUCCAGUCGCCAUGCCCGGAAUGCACCGAGGUGAAGAAAUCCGCUUUGGUCCCAUCCAUGGCCCGGAGCUCCCCCAUGAGAGAGUGUUCCCGCAGUUCCUCCUAUGCCAGCACCCAUUCCUCCAGCCACUCCUCCCGAUCCCCAAACCCCAGGGCCUCCCCCAGGUACACCAGGAGCCGAUCCACCUCCUCUGGGAAAAGGUCCUACUCUCGCUCUCCCAGCUAUUCCUCCAAAUCUGGCAAGAGGAGCCCGCCUAGCAGAAGCUCGAGAUCCCGAAGAAGCCCAAGUUACUCCCGCUACAGUCCCAGCAGGGAGCGGGACCCCAAGUACAGUGAGAAGGACUCGCAGCAGCGGGAGCGCGAGCGUGCGCGUCGGAGACGGCGGUCCUACUCGCCCAUGCGGAAGCGCAGGAGAGACUCCCCGAGCCACCUGGAGGCUCGGAGGAUAACCAGUGCCCGGAAACGCCCCAUCCCCUACUACCGGCCCAGCCCCUCUUCCUCCAGCGGCCUCAGCAGCACCUCCUCCUGGUACAGUAGCAGCAGCAGCCGUUCAGUCAGCAGGAGCUACUCCCGGAGCCGAAGCCGGAGCCGCAGCCGAAGCCGGAGCCACAGCCGAAGCCGGAGCCGGAGCAGGACCCGCACUAGCAGCAGCUGCAGCUCCCGCAGCCCCAGCCUGGGCUCCCGGAGCCGAAGCCGGAGCCGGAGUCGGAGUGGGAGCUACAGCUCAGCAGACAGCUACUCCAGCACCAGGCGCUAAGCAAGGGCCCUCCCUUGAGCCAACUGCCUGCAGGGGGUGCCCCUUUCACUCUGCCAGCCUCCCCAACUCCCUGCCUGCCCUGCCUUCUCCUUGGUGAUAGACAUUGAGGGCUCCUGGGCCCUGUCCUUCCUGCUCUCCUGGGGAGGAGGAAUCGAGGGUAUGGGGGCUUCAACCUGUAUGUCGGGCUGCUAGGAGCCUCCACCACACCACCCCAUGGGCUCCACUCAGGCCUGAGCAAAUGGUGAGAACCACCUUCUGUGGGCACAGAAAAACCUCAAAGGUUUGCAAGAAGCCGUGGGUCCAUGACUCAAAAGUUUGGUUCUGGCCGGGAAAGCAUACAGAGAGUUCUGCUCCCCACUGCUCGCAGGAUGCAUCCUGAGGGCCAGCUGUAAUUCAUCACACCUGCCCUCCUUCUCCCCACAUUCAAUCUCAUGGCUGCACGGGUAUGGACCCCGCUGGGCAUGGGGGGUGGGUAUUAGGAGAGACCCAGGGCCGUUCAGGCCAGAGCAAAAGCUAGAAGGCUCUUGGGUCCUGGAAGGGGAUGGUCUGAGUAGGGGCCACGAACAUUUCUUUCACUUGGUAGUAGGUGUUAGAGAUAGGACACGGGCUCUCUGGUCAUGAGGGUAGAAGCCAAAAGGGGGUGGGGGUGGGGUCAGUCUGCUGCUCCCAGUAUCGCAGCCUGGUCUGGAAGAGGAGCCCAGUGGUUUCUGUCCAUGGAGAGGCCACCCCGUGAUUUACACAAAAUGCCUCUUGGCUGUUCACAGGGACCCCGUGACCUCUGAGAAAGGACGUAGUGGCCCGUCAGGACAGCUUGGUCUGCAGCCCCCACUUCCCAAAUUUGCCUGGGCCCCACAAGCUGGCAACAGCCUAAUUCCACGGGACCAUCUGCUGAACAUUCCCCAGCGCCAUGGCCGGCUGCCAGUUGCCAGCGCCAGCCAGUCUGGCCUUACCCUUUGGUUGGCGCCUGCCCGCCCCCUCCCCACUGCCCAGACUGCCACACCCUGGAUCCUACCCAGUGCAGCCAAGCACCCACCCACCCUCAGCCUAAGUCACCCCCUUUGCCUCUCAGGAAUUUUGCCAGGAUGGGGCACAGUGGCUCAGGUUGCGGGGAAAAGGUCCAAAUCUCGGGAGUCUGGGGUGGGGGCGGGAAAGGGCUUGGAUGCUCCGUGGCUCCCGCUGGUUUCUGGAGUUUCUCAGGGGCUUGGGAAAGCCCCACCUUCAUUUCUGUCCUCCCCCCCAACCUUCUCCCGGCCCCGGGCUGGGCAGCAAGGGUAAGUCAAUCUCCAGCAGGCAAAUACCACCAGCUGCUUCAGCCACGGAAGGCACUGAGAACAGGAGCCCGAGGGAGAAGGUCCUUAAAAUAACCUCUUGGGCAUCCCCCUCACCAGCUGACUGGCUUUCCGGAGCCUUGCGGGUGAGUUUCAAGUUUGUGGUGGCAACAGACAGCCGCUGGCCAGGGCUUGGAGGGAGAGGGCAGGAAGGGACAGUUCCCAGCUUUGGAGGGCGGGGCUUUGGGAAGCAGAGAACCAAAUAGUCUUCAUCCCUUAACACCCAGUGUGUGUGUGUGGGGGGGAACAUUUAAAAAAACUCCUUUUUCUUGGAAGCAGUGCCAUUCCCCCCCACCCACCCGUCUUCCCCAUCACAUCAACCCACAGGGCCAGAAACUGCCCUGCAACCACUGGGAAAGUCCUUCUUCCCCAGGCAGAGUGGAGCCAGGCACCGAGGCACAGAGGAGGACCUGGCCUUUCCAUGAUGCCCUCUGGCCCAGACCUGGGCUCCACCCGCCAAGACUCAUGGAUGCCAGUGCUGUCGCCACAGAAGGCCUGGUGGCAGGUGCCUGGGACAGGGGCAGGUGCCCUGGUAGGGCAUGUACAGCAACUGUAAAUAACCCUCUUCCCCGCCCAGGAGCCCAGCCUGGACUCCAGUCUCCCUUUGUGGGGACAAAGGCUUUCCGGAGCCACGGAACCUCCUUAGCAGGACAGCAGUGACAGAUCCAAGAGCCCCCCCCUCCCAUCCAGACUGCCUUCAUCCAAGCAACUCUGAGGGACCCUUUGCCUGGGGCUCCUAUCGAACCUCUUAUUUAUUUUAUUUAUUUAUGUUUAUUUAUUUAUUUAUGUAAUGCACGCUCUCUUUCUCAGUUGCCAUCAGCAGUAUUCAAGUAUUUAUUUAUAUGAAGAGGGUGUGUGUGUGUGUGUGUGUGUGUGAGUGUGGGUGGGUAUGUGUGGGUGGGUGGGUGGAGGAGGGGGACUGCUAACAUUUUUGUGCAUCUCUUUUUCUCCCUCAUGUCUUUGUGGAUGGGAUUUGAGAGGCUGGAUGUGGGUGGAGAUGUGGGCCUUUUCUCCCAAAGGGGUGACCCACAGAGCUUUAAGCUCAGAAGCACCUCAGGCCACAGGUUCAUGACUAAGUCCAUGUCUGGUGAAUUUCAGGGCCACUCCCCAGCCCCCUGCCCACCUGCUACCUAACUGAGGUGUCAGAAAGAUGAAAACAAGAGGCUUAUGAGCUAAGGUGCUGAACUGACACAGUGGCAUCAGGUUGGAGUCUGAAGUCAGCAUGUAAGGCAAAAGCUGCAGUCUAAAAUACCUGCAAAAGUCCUUUACUGACGCACCCGAUGUGAGACAGAUGUGCACACCUUAACCUCAGCCUUAAUCUAGGGCAUAUAUUAGUGGCUGAAAUCAUUUGCUUUUCUGAGCAUACCUAGUUGGUUUCAUAUAAGUUACACUUGCUUCUGAUUUCCCCCUUAGUUAAUUUCUCCCCACAGCAUGCUCUGUGGACGCACCUGCUUUGACAAGAUUAUCAGCCAUUCUGGGAGAGACACCCAAACCCAAAGCCAGAGCCUUUCUCUGUGACCUCAGGAGAGAGCACACAGCUAUUUCUGAUAUUAGAAAACAAAACAAACAAGAUGAAGGGAGCAGCCAGAUUUUCCCUCCAAGAAGGUCAUUUCAGAACCUGUCGUGGGAACCAGGAUCCAGAGGUCUUUACCAGCCCUACCUCUCUGACCAACUAGCAGUAUCUUCUGGCCAGAGAGGACUCCCACCCUUUCCAGAGUCCUAUCCACUGCUUUGAAGUGGCCAGCUGGCCCAGUGCAGCUUUGGGUUUGGUGUGACUUUUGCAACAUCCCUGGUUGUUUCCCUGGCAAUGUGACUUUAUUCUGUCCUAACCCGAGCAAGCCAAGCAAGGGAGUCCUCCUAACUCGGGGAAAGUUUGCAAGAGCUUGAAUGCCUCCCAGGGCAUCUCUGUGUCUGUCUCUCCCCCUGACACUUGGUGUGUCUCUCGGAUUUCCUUUAUAUUUCCUUUUGGUCCGUUCUUGUUGGGGCCCUGGUAACCUUGUUUCACCCGAACCCCUGGUCCCUGACACUGCUGUUUCUCUGCCCUGCUUCACUCUCAUUACCCUUCUGCUUCCAGAGAAUGAGACCCAUCACCUGGGGAGGACGUAUUUUAAACACCAGUAUGGAAAGUGGGAGGGAGCUAUGGCUUGAGGCCAAGUAACAUGCGGCCCUUUGACCUUCUGGCUGUGCAUUAUUCCCUGGGUGAGUGAGGCAAACUGCUUCCUUUCUCUGAGCCAAAGUUUCCACCUUUGGGAAGUGGAGGAGUUUUCCACAUAUGACGCAAAACAUUGACCUGAGGCCUGGGCACUUCAUCAAAGACGGAGAGUAAGUUCACUGAGACUUAGAGAAGAAAAGGGAAAAGGUCCUCAAACAGUUUUAGGAGAUGCUCAGUCAUGAGACUAAAACCUAAAAGCAAUAUGUGACUUCCCUUCAGUUGAUUCAGAAAAGCUAGUUUAAAUCCCCCACCCAGCAACAUUCUAGUUCUCCCAGGUUGGAUAGCGUGCCUGUCCCUCUUUUAAAGUCAGUCUUUCAGAAGCAAAAUUCAGAAGGUCUCAGUCUCAGCCCCCAUCGCCCCAUUUACUUACUUCCCCAAAAGGCUUUGCUUGAAGAGGUCAAAAUUUUGGGUGCUCCCGAAGUACAUUUGGGAAAGUACAUUUUUUUUUUCCUUAAGUCCCACUUCCAUCUUUUCUUCUGCUGUAUUCCUUGCCACAGUUAUUCCAAAUAGUUUCACGUGCCUGUGUCUUGCUUUGCUUUCUUCUCCAGCUGAAUGGAAAAUGUUGUCUGAUUUAAAAAAAAAAAAUAGCAGGAUUCCUCAAACCACGGCCCCUCCUCCAUUGGCCAACGGUGUCAAGGAUGCAGAACUUAUGGUAGAUAGUGUCAUCCAGCCACGCUUUGUCACAACCUCUUCCUUUUCACUUCCCACCUAUGAGCCUGUGAUACUGUUGUUUUGUGUUUGGGUUUUUAAGGGUUUUUGUUUUGUUGGUGGUAGUUGUUUUGCACUGUAAAUACCAAUGAUGGGGACCUCCUCAUCAGAAUGUGGCUUAUUUAAUAAUUUAUUUCCUGUUUAUUGAGUGGUAUUGGGAGAGGUGAGAGACCAGCUCUUCUUCUCUGGAAUUGCUCUUGGAAAUCAGGUCGGUCUCAGCUCCCAGUGCAAUUGUCUGCGGUGGGGGCUUUUCGCCCAGGUAAUGAGUGCUAGAAUCACCACGCAAAUGGGAAUUGGCAGAAACGGAGGCUUCAGUCAUACAAAUUAAGCUCAAAUGGAACUAAAACACCAGUUAUCUCCAGGAAAACCUCAUUUAGAUGGAAAUUAAUUGAGGAAUAGAAUGCCUGUGCACAAACUAACUUCUAUUAAAAAGUCACAACUCCUUGAAAGAGAAAGAGAAAGAACAAAAAUUGUAAUCCCUUUUCUCUGGCCAAAACGCUAUGCCUCAUCCUCUAACGAGCUGAGCCAAAGAGACUAGAACAGUAUCGCUUUGUGGUUCUCCUGCCUGUGUGUGUCUGUCUGGGCGAAAUGGAGUGGAUCUCAGGCCUCAGUCUUAUCAUUUGAAAAUGGGACAUGGCCUAAGUGUUCUCAGGAGGGUGGAGGGCAGGGGGUUCUGACUAUGACAUGUGAGCUCCCAACUGUCAGACGCAGGAUCCCUCAUGUCUUCUGCUGUGUGUAGGUUGGAGGGUCACUCCCAAGGAAGAAAAAAUAGAAACAAGGCAUGGAUUUCAUUUGCAGGACGAGGUGGGAGUAGGGGAGUGGCCUGGGUUAAAGUCCUCUAUAUGAGCUGGAAUUUCUCCCCAAACCCAGCCAUCCAUUGUCAUCAGAGGAGAGACCAGGAUGGCUUGGCUGUGCUCUGGAUUUCACUACCACACAUCGUGUCAGGCCAUGUUUUGUACAGUUGUUCAAACAAACCAGUGACACUGGUCAUAUUGCCCUUUUUCAGAUGAGAAAACUGAGGCCCGGGAAGGGGCAUCUGACAUGCCCAGGCCCCCUUGAGUUCCAAUCUGCCUGAUUCCAUGCCCCGCACUCUUCUCGGUAGCUCUUUCUUAUGGGGCCUUUGUGCUGCGUCAUUUCUCUCCCAAUGCCCAGCCGUUUCCUCCAGCAGUCAAUGGCCAAGGACCCAGGACAAUCGACCACAUCAGCCCUGGGGGCCAGAACAAGCUCCAACCCGGGGGACCCACCACCAGCCCAGCUCAGCCUGAGCAGCCGGCCUCUGCCUGCAUCAGAGGGGGAGCAGCUCCUGUGUCCUCCAGCAUCCUGGGAACCUGUCCUCUCUACCCAGUGACACAGCGGCCAUGGCUUGUUUGAUAUCUGGUGUCCCCAGCUAAGCAUAACUUUCCCAGGGUUUCCAAUUUUUUUCAGCCUGUACGAAACAUGUCUCUGUUCUAAUAAAAGGUUCCACGGUAUGGUGUUCUCAUCCACCA